AUGACCUCUUUUACUCUCUCGGCGGGCUUGCCCAGCAACUUUACCGACUUUGGCGGCAGCGUCGCCAGCGCCAUCUCUCCAUACAUUCCGGAUGCCAUCAAGUCCACCAUUUCGUCGUCCAAGAUGCCACAGGAAAUGGCACACAACUGGAACUGGGCAGCGUAUUCUUCACUGCUCGUCGCAAGCAUAUACGUGCUUGACUGGGGGGCGAAAUCGCGUCGCGACAAGAGACUUCGCGAUUUCGGCUCCCCGCCUCCUCUUGUUCCGUUCAGGGCCCCAUUUGGCAUUGAUUUGGCCGUAUAUUCACUCUACAGGUUCUUCAAGUUCACCUUCUUUGAACUAGUCAACAGUUGGCUCGAGGCUGCUCCUGGGCGGACAGUUGAGAUGCGCAUGUUUGGGACUGGUCUCAUCUUUACUGAUGAGCCUGCCAAUAUCAAGGCCAUCAUGUCUACAGAGUGGUCUAGCUUUGGAAGAGGUGAAGUCACUAAGCGUAUCUGGGGGGACAUGCUUGGGGAGACGCAAAUCUUUGUUGUUGACGGAGAACAUUGGCAUAAGAGCAAGGAGCGUAUCAAGGGCCAUGUCAUGAAGAUGCGCCCGACCGAUCUCGAGAUAACCGAGAAGCACACGCAGCAGCUCUUUAAGCGGUUCGACGAAGGAGGCCCCAUAGAGGUCUACGAUGUGUCCGACCGGUACCAACUCGACGUCGUCUCGGAGGUCUUCUUCGGCGAGUCGGCCAACUCCCUCACCGGACACCACCCCUUCAGGGGUCCCAUGGCGACACUGCACCCCAUAAACACGGCGCGCAUGCUCUUCGGGAGGAACGCGUACUACGUCAAGGACAGAUACCUUGCGCCCAAGGCGCUGAAGGAGCUGAACGACUACACCUCGGGGAUUGUGGAUCGGGCAUAUGCAAGGGACCUGUCGGAGAAGUCGCCCGAAGACUACGGCAUGCUUGACGACCUUGUUAGCCAAAAUAAGAGUGUCGAGGAUAUCAAAGACUCCAUCAUGACCAUCAUGCUUGGUGGAAAGGACCCCUCGGCAAUCCUAGUCUCAUGGGCCAUAUUCCUCAUGGGAAAGUAUCCCAACAUUAUGAAGAAGAUGCAAGCCGAUGUCGCGAGAGUGUAA